CGCUGGCUGUCCCCGGCCCUGCUGCAGGGACGCUUUCUCGGUGACAGCGAGUGUCCGGGGCUGAGGCCGCGCUGGUCGCUUCUCCGCGUGGUGCUGGAGAGCGCAGCCGUUCCCCGGCGCGGGGGCUGCAGCCCUACCGCCUGCCUCCGGGCCCGGCGGGGUGCCGGGACGGCCGGGACCCGCUGCCAGCCCGGGUGAGGGGGGGGGGGGGGCGGGGCCUCUCCAAGGGCACGCGCCCGCGCCCCGCCCCCCGAGCAUCCCAUUGGUGGGCGUCGUGCCUGUGCGCAUGCGCCCCACCAGCGCGCGGCCCGCUUUAUAGGAGCGCGGCGGCAGCGGGUGCCGCGAUCCUCGCUGGCGCCAUGGCGCGGCUCCUCCCGCCGUUCCCGCUCUUCUCGCUCCUGCUCUUCCUGCUCCUGCCGGUGCCGCUCCCGGUGCUGCCGCUCCCGUCGCCCCCGCCGGAGAACGCCGCCGGGUCCCGCUGCCCCCCGGGCCGCUUCCAGUGCCACCCCGGCGCCUUCUGCUUCCCCGCGGAGUGGCGCUGCGACGGGCACCCCGACUGCGAGGACGAGGAGGACGAGCGGGGCUGCGGGACGGCGACACCGGACGGAGCCUGGGUGACCCCGCCGCGGAGCUCGGGGGUGCCGCCCGCCGGCGGCGCAGAGGCUUCAGCUACGCCUGUGCCUGGAGGCGCCGUGCCAUCGAGGAGCCAAGACCGCUUGUGGAUCUUGAUUGUUGCAAUGCUCCUGAGCGUCCUGGUAGCUGUGGGCUCUAUUGCUGUGUGGGGCCUGUCCAAAGCAAAAGGCAGAUCUGACAUCUUCAGUCUCGAAAGAGCCUCCAGGGAACAGCUGAUGCCUGAUAAGAGCCAGACAGGCUCAUUUCCCUGACAGGGGUCUUUACCAUAAGGUGAUAAGAUGGGACUAACCUGGUCUCCUUCCUGCUCACCCCAGAGGCCGACUGAAUUGGAUAUAAACUCUCAAAUCUAGGUUUUUACACUGGAAUAAUAAGAGGACACUCCCUUUGGAAAUGGGCUUUAGACUGUGGGUCUGCUCUGGCACUGGAAAUAGCGCAGGACCUUCCCUGGUGCUGCGAAAUCACCCCCCACAAAGGCGGUAGAAAUUCCUGGGUUGUUAAUGCCGAAUCUCGCCAGUGGGGCCUUGGACCCAGAGGUUUUAUUCUCCAUGAAAUGACGGGCGCUAGAUGCUCUUCAACUGUUUUCUUCCACUUACAGCCAAAAGACUUUUUUUCCACCUGCCCCACGCUUCCCCCUGGAUUUUGUCAGGGAAUAGGGGCUUUCUCCUCCAUUUUCUCACUGACUCCACGCAGUCCACGCGUAUCAGACUCCACGUUUGCUGUUUUGCUGUUUUGAGGCUGCUCAAUCCAAUGUACAGGAAGCUUUUACCGACAGGUCAGCCACAGGCUUGAAAGUUGAAAAGCUUCCUGUCCGCUCUGGCUUUGCUGCCACCUGAAGUCACCGUGGGGCCAGCAGCUUCUCCCGGCACGCUCCCUUCCGGCAAGGAUCUCUGCCCUUGGCAGAACGGCACUUUCCAUCCCGGUGCAGAACUCGGGAUGUUGCUUUUCUAACACCGUUAAAGGUGUCUUAAAACUGUUUUGACAUGAGUGGUGUCCCUCAAGGGUCCAUACUGGGACCAGUGCUAUUAAAUAUCUCCAUCGGUGGCGCGUAUAGUGGGAUUGAGCGCGCCCUCAGCAAGUUUGUGGAUGAGGCCAAGCUGAGCGGUGGGGUUGAUUCACUUCAGGAAGGGGAUGCCAUCCAGAGGGAACCUCCGGCUGGAGGAGUGGGCCCGUGGGAACCCCGUGAAGUUCAAUAAGGUCGAGUGCAGGGUCCUGCACCUGGGCUUAGGGCAAUCCCUGGAGAAGAGAAGCCUCGGGGGAGACCUUAUUGUGUCUUUUCAAUAUAUAAAGGAGCCUUGUAAGAAAGCUGGAGAGGGGCUUUUUACCAAGGCCUGUAGUGGCAGGACAAGGGGCGAUGGUUUGAAACUGGAAGAGGGGGGAUUGAGAUGAGAUGUGAGGCAGAAAUUGUUUGGUGUGAGGGGGGUGAGCCCCUGGCCCAGGUUGCCCAGAGAAGCUGUGGCUGCCCCAUCCCUGGAGGGGUUCAAGGCCAGGUUGGCCGGGGCUUGGAGCAACCUGGGCUGGUGGGAGGUGUCCCUGCCCAGGGCAGGGGGCCUAGAACUGGAUGAUCUUUAAAGGUCUCUUUCCACACAAACCAUUCUACGAUUCUAUGAGGUUUUGAGGUUUUGAGUGUUUGGUGCCUUUUUUUUUUUUUUUUUUUUUUUUUUUUCUUCUC